AUGCGCCGCUUACCUCGAUUUCAGCAGUCGAUUGACUUACUCCUCGAAUCCACGGGAUACCCCCACGCGCCGUCUACGAUAUGCCGAACCUGUCGCCUCCGCGCCGCAUCUCAGGCCAGGAGAGCCGCUUUCUCCACAUCCGCUCCACGAAACGAGGGUUCUCUCGCCAACAGGCUGAAGAACAGGUUGUUUAAAAAGAAGGACGCGCCUGGGACCGGCAAUCUGGCAUACGGUGUUACUCAGCCUCAAGCUCCAGAGGUAGAGGUAGAGGAUUCAGUUCCCGGGGAGGAAGCUCCUCGAGAGUACGCCAACCAAUACGAGCCGGCGAGUAAAUGGGACAACCUGGAAUGGGUAGGAGGAAAGAAGUCAAAGAAAGAUCGGACAGACACGAGGGAGGAGAUACAAUGGUUUAUGCCCAGGACCAAGGCUACAAAACCGAACGACAUAGCGGCAGCAGUGCGCAGAGCACUUGUCGAAGUCCUUGCGUUACAAGAGGCUGGCAUUGGAUUUGAAGCACUACGGCUGCCCACGGUGUCGAUUGACGACUUGGCCGCCGACGUACAGUAUCAGGUCUCCGGAACCGGGCAAGAUGUCAGAUUGCGGUACCCUAAUGACGAGGUUAAGAGUGAGAUACUCGAAAGUGUCGUUCUUUCAGUACCUCAGGCCGCAGAGGUGGAUGACGCUGCCUCAUUUCUUCAAUUCCAGAGGGCGUCAGCAGUGGUACACGAACCUGCCGUCGCGUCCAGGAAAACCUUGCUAUGGAAGGAGGUGCCUUUAGAUCCGGCCAACAAGUUUGCUAUCAUCAAACGCGUAAUGCAGCUCACCGGCAUUCGACUAGCUGAUCCGAAGAUCCAGCGCUGCGACACCGCUGGGAAGCUAUUCCACGAGCUGCUCCAACGACCGCAGCCGACAAAGCUUGCGGACGCGCUCAAAAUCGACAAUGAGCUGACGAGCUUGAACAAUGUCACAUUUUCGAGUCGUAGAGUCGGACCCAUCGACAAGGAGAGGCAGGUAGGGAGGUGGAAGGUCAUUGAACGGGAAUUGGAGAGCCGGGGGUUACCGGUCACGAUGUCUUGA